AUGCCAGGGUUAGUAUUCUCUCCAUCCAGUCACCGAGUCCUCACUGGAGACGACUUGUACUCUGCUCGGCCCGACUUGGUGUUGGGAACACUAAAAGUGGCGCUAGUGAAGGGCAAGGAUCUACAGGCUAAGGACCCGUUCGUUGAAAUCCAUUUGGAAAAUCAUCGUCGGAGGAGUAGUCACGCCACGGCGGAUAAGGCUACAGGAACCGUUGAAUGGGAGGAUGCCCGGUGGAGUUUGGAAGUCACCGAUCUUGCCAGCGACCUCCAUGUGGUGCUCUUUGCUUCUCAUCAAUUCCGGACACCCCAGCCCUUGGGACGAGUCAUUGUGCCUCUGCCCACCCUUGUUGAGGAUUCCUGGUCGGGGCAUGCUAGACCGGUGGAGCGUAGUUGGUUUGAAGUGUAUCCUAUUACUACUAAGAUAGAGCAGAAAGCUGGCUGUAAGGAAACGCAGGAGUAUUACUCGUGCAAAAAGUACUAUGGGGAUGUGGGCGUUUUAACACGGGUAAAAACGUUAGACAGCGUUUGGUGA